GUUUUGUUCGACGUGUGUGUGCGCCGAAGGACGGUUUUGUUGCGUGGAAGGCUGGACAGUAGUUUCUCAUCUUUACUUGUGUGGCCUCUUUCUGCUUCAAGAAGAAUCUUCAAUAAAUGUUUAAUUCUUGGCAUUACAACGUUCCUUGGUGUAAAUACAUUUCAUAGUGUGGGACAUUUUUGAUUUUGCAUCUGACAUUUUGACUUCCAGUCACAGUGGCACAAUGGCACAAAAGUCCUAUCCACAUUCAUCUUUAAAUAGAGAUUUGUCUGGCCAUCACAGGCGUGAUACUUCUGGAGCAGGCAUUCUUGCUGCUAAUCAGUCCUUAUCUAUGCCAUCUUCUCUUGGAAGACUGAGCCAAGGCUCUGGUCGUCUUGCUAGCUUGAUGGAUCUUGGAGCAGCGUCUAAGUUAAACAUGCAGGGAUCUCAUAAUAUGCUGUCGUCCAGUUCCUCUUCCCACAACUUGCCCUCAAUAUUUAAUAUUGGUAAUAGAGCUGCAUCCUCUCUUUCUUCUCAAUUUCGAGGAGACUCUGAUCAGGCCAGCAAAAUUUUGGCCAGCUUUGGCCUUUCCUCCAGGGAUUUGGAUGAGUUAAGUCGUUACCCUGAGGAAAAGAUAACUCCUGAAAAUUUACCACAGAUUCUUCUACAGCUUAAAAGGAGGCCAUCAGAAGAACUUCCUUUAUCUUACAGGGAAGGCAGAUCCCGAGAAAGAGGACUUAGUGAAGACUGGGAAGAUUCAAGACCAUACAGGAGAGAGCGUUUUGAUGACAAUGCAUCUGAUCUCAACCCAAUUGUUGAUUAUGAUCAUGGGAAUCACUCUCGAGAAACUAGUUUUCGUGAGCGAAUAGAUUUUGAGAAUGACAGAUUAAAAGAGCGAGAGCGGUUCAGAGAAGGAAAUGUGUUUUCUGAAAUCUCAUAUAGUAAAUAUGAGUAUGACCAUUUGGGGUACAGUCGGUCACAAGAAAGAGCUCUUUAUGAAAAGACAAGAGGAUUGCCAUCAAGUAGCAAUAUUGAUGACUACCAUGGACUUUUACCAAAAGGUUUCCCUCAUGUUUGUACUAUUUGUGAUAUGCAAGCUCAUUCAAAGCAGGAGUGGAGUCAGCAUAUAAAUGGACCUACACAUAGAAGACGUUGCCAGCUGCUUCUUGAAAUAUAUCCAGAAUGGAACCCAGAUGCUGCUCAUGGAAUGGGUGAUUCAUUUAUGCUUCAACAAUCCACCAACCCCGCACCCGGUAUUUUGGGUCCACCACCACCACCGUUCCAUAUCGGAAGUGGUCCUGAUGGAGGUCGUGGAAGUAACAGAGGAAACCUCAGGAAUGAAGAGGUGUGCAGAUCAAGACACCUUCAGAAAAGCAAACAGGAAAACAGUAGAGUUGUUCACAUAAUGGACUUCCAGAGGGGAAAAAACUUAAGAAGUCAGCUGCUACAGCUUGUAGAGCCUUUCGGAGUGAUUACAAACCACCUUAUUUUGAAUAAAAUAAAUGAGGCCUUUAUUGAAAUGUCUGCUUCAGAUGAUGCCUUGGCUGUAGUGGAAUAUUAUAGGAAUACUCCAGCUCUUGUACUUGGACAUCCAGUCAGAGUCCAUUUGUCUCAGAAGUAUAAGAGAAUCAAGAAACCUGAGGUGAAAACUGAAGAAAAAUCUAGCUUCAAACCGGAUACUGGUCGAGUGAUACAUCUAAGCAAUUUACCCCAUUCUGGUUAUUCUGAUGGUGCAAUUGUCAAGCUAGCAGAGGGGUAUGGAAAAGUGAAAACCUACAUAUUGAUGAGAAUGAAGAACCAGGCAUUUAUUGAAAUGGAGAAGGCGGAAGAUGCGCAUACAAUGGUUGACCACUGUCAAAAAAACCCCCUUUGGUUUCAGGGAAAAGGCAUAAAGGUAGACCUUUCUGAAAAAUACAAGAAACUGGUUCUAAGGAUUCCAAACAAGGCAAUUGAACAACUUCAAAAAGAAAAAAACAGAAAAAGAGCUCAUUCACCAGACCACAAGGAAGGAUCAAGUGAUAAGAAAGCCAUUAAAGUGGAAGGCGGUUCCAGCACAAGUAAAUCUAUAUCCAGUACAGUUGAAAAUAAAAUAUGUUUUGAGAGUGAUUCAGUUCUAUUGGAGGAGAUAAAACCAAAUGAACAAAUUGCUGGAAAAGAAGAAUUGACAGUUAAACAUGAGAGUGACUUUUUAGUGCAAGAGGAAGAAGCAACAGCACUCCUAGAAACAAGUAGUUCAGUUGGUGAUGAAGCUGAAGAGCUUUUGGAUGAAAAUGUGAACAAAGAUGUGUCAGGCACUUGUUCUGUUGUGCAAGAAACUGAAGAUGUAAAGAAAAAGGCUUCACAUGAUUUCCCGAGUAAUAUGGAAGAUUUUGUUACUCUGGACGAAGUUGGUGAUGAUGAAGAGGUAGAUGCAGAAAAGUUGAAAUAUGCUUUGGCAGAUGAGUCUUGUGAGGAUUCAGCACCAAAAACCGAUGACAGUUUGGUUGAAAUGGUCAUGGCCAGCACAAGUGUUGAUGAACCAGAGCAUGAAAGCGAAGGGACAGACGACAAGGAUGUGGUAAACACAGACACAAAUGAAUCUGCUAAUGCUCUUCAGUCUAAUGAAAAUCCAACUGAAGUGAUUUCAACAGAUUUACUGAAAACUUGUAGUCUUGGUCCAUUUCAACCAGAUAAUCCAGUUGGUGUGGAUUAUGUUGUACCAAAGACUGGAUUUUACUGCAAACUAUGUUCAUUGUUUUACACAAAUGAAGAGGUUGCUAAAGUUACGCAUUGUAGCAGCUUAGGCCACUAUCAAAAACUAAAGAAAGUCCUGAUAAAGAUUGCCAAGAAUACAAAGAAAAAGGCAUGAGGAUCAAAACCUGUCCUGUGUCGAAUAAUUUUCCUUGUGUUUAGAGCAUUAAAUACUUGGUUUCUUUUGGUUUUUUAUUUCCGGUGUUUCAGUAUUCUUAAAUAUGCUAGUUUGUUUUUAUUGCAUUAUACAAUAUCAGAUUUUUUUUGUCUUUGAUUGUACAAACAUAAACUCACGGUAUGCAGA